GCAUCUGGUUGUAAGUGGGGUUGCAGCAGUGAGAAAGAAGGGGGGGUCCCAACUAGAAUUUAUUGUUCCUAACUUCUCACAUAUCCAUUUUGUGUUUUCUUUUUAAUUGAAAUAUAGAUGUUGUUCUGAAAUCUCAUGGCAAGUUUAGACAUGAUGUACAACUCAUCCGAACAAAAGGGUCAUCAUCAUUGUGCUCCAAUGAGUCCAAGAAUCUCCUUCUCCAAUGAUUUUGUGGAUCUCCAACAAGCCAUGAAACAACAAGAAAGAAGAUCAGACACACACAUACCUGUAGUGUCUUCUGACUUUGAAUUCUCUGUCACUAACUACUCAAUGAUGAGUGCUGAUGAACUUUUCUCCAAAGGAAGAUUGUUACCUUACAAAGAUAAUAAGAUUCAAAGAGCUACUACUACUACUCUUAAACAAGAGCUUCUUCAUAAUGAUGAUGAAUAUGAUAGCUUUUCUUUAAGGCCUCCUAAGGGUAGGUGGAAGGGUCUUUUGGGUCUUAGAAAAAGUCACAUUGGUUCUAAGAAGGCUGAGAAGAGUGAAGCUUCUGAUCAAAGAAGGCCUAAUGAACCACCUCAAUUUAAUUUCACUUCUCAGGAGCUGGCAAAUGAAGGAAGUUCAAGUUACUAAGAUUUGGAUGUUGGAAUAUAAGAUAUGGUUGAAGGAAGUGUUGAAUUUUUAGAGGAAUGGACCAACUUCUUUUUUUUCUUCUCUUUUUUGUUUUUGUUUUUCUUGUCUUGUUGACAAGAUGGGGAAAAAGGAAGGUCAUUUUCUCUUUUUUUUUUUUUUUUUUUUUCCUCUUUUUUCAUGAUUGGGUUUGAGAAAAGUUAAGGGAAUUUGUGUGUUAGGAUUUUGCUUGUCAAUUUGGAUUAUUGGUUUCUUCUCUUGUAAUUUCUCUUAGAUCUUGUAGGAAUUAGGAUCUGGUUAUUUUGUUGUACAAAUUAUUUGCUUCUAGUAUUUAAGUAAGUAUUUGACAA